AUGCCGCCUCAAGAUCUGUCGUUGCCCAAAGUCGACGAUGUCGACACACGAUCCUUGGUUUCCAUGCAGGAAUUGGAUCCCUCUCCAGUCUCUGAAGAGUUUGGUGAUAUUGAAAAUGGCGACUUCUUCCAUAAGGCCCAAGACGCUCCACCACAUGGUGGAUUGUAUCUUCCCAAACUGGGCCUCCGCGGGCAUAACUGGGAUUCUUGGUUGUCCGCCAUUCAGAGAUAUUCCACAUACCCGCCGACUUUAUUCCUCACGUUACACUUUGCCAAUACCUCGCUCAUUCCUCUAAUGACCCGCUCCGUGCCUGCCGCCGAAAACUAUCUCCUCCUCACAAGGCCUUUGUACCAGUCGCCAUCUCUUGAGCACGCCAUUCUUACCGUUCCCAUCCUGGCCCAUGUUGCUUCCGGAAUCGUCCUACGGAACAUCCGUUCUUCCCGUAGGGCACGACUUUACGGCGCCGAGACAAGGUCUCAACGUUACUCACUCACUUUUUGGCCCCGUAUGACCCUGCAAGCGCGCUUGGGCUAUAUGCUUGUCCCCUUGGUCGGUGCCCAUGUUCUUGUCAACCGCGUCGUGCCGCUGAUGGUCGACGGUGGGAGCUCGGGAGUCGGCCUUGGCUACGUUGCGCAUGGGUUUGUGCGAAGCCCGGUUUUCUGGAACGUUUACUAUUUGAUAUUUGUCGCCGUUGGAGUAUGGCAUAUCGUUGGGGGGUGGGCAAAUUGGAUGGGGUGGAGAGUCACCACCGCCCGAAAGGAACGACUACACAAAAAGGGCUCACUCGAAGGGUACCUCGGCCACGCAGACAGCGAGCAACGAAUGAGGAAGCAGAGAAAGAUCUGGUGGAUUGUCAAUGGCAUUGCAGUGGUAGGAGCAUCUGUUUGGCUUGCAGGCGCGCUUGGAAUCAUCGGACUUGGAGGACGAGGAUCCGGUUGGGAAGCGAGCAGUUGGGAUGGUAUGUAUGACCGAGUGCCCAUCAUUGGGGCCUGGUUAUGA